GCAUAUUGUUUUUGGUAUCGACGAAAAAGAGAUAAAAUUAAAAUAUUUGAUAAAAAGUCGAUAUAAACACAGAAGCUUGAAUUCCAUUCUUUGUUAGGGAUCGCAAGGGCUUAGCUGAAUCAAUUCUUUUUCAUCAACAAUCAAAAUUGACUUGUAUCAACUUUUGAUUGAUACGAUAUAGCGUUUAGUCGGCGUUGCUGUUCUUGAUCGAGGAGCGAAUUGGGUGAAUUUAGGGUUAAGUGAAUGGCAGCAGCAGAAUCAUCGAAAGAAGAGCUGAUUCAGCUGAUUAAGCGAUUCGGCGCUUAUGUUACUCUCAAGAUGUCUAAUCUUUUCUCCACCUUUUCUUUCCAUAAUCUGGAUUCUCGAUCUGUUGGGGCUAUUGCGGGGCUUGCUGUUGCUAUUGUUUUUACGUGGAGACUCUUGAGGUCACCUAAUGGACCCCAGAGAAGACAACCCAAACGGCAAGCCCCUACUUCUAGUAGUAGUUCUGUUGUCAAUGCUCAAUCAAAUCCGACACUGCUACCUUCUGGAGUUUGUUCAUCUUCAGAGGAUUUGAGAGCACAAAAUGUUGUUGAUGAGUUCUUCCAGCCGGUAAAGCCGACUUUAGGGCAGAUAGUUAGGCAGAAAUUGAGCGAAGGAAGAAAGGUAACAUGUCGUUUGCUUGGAGUAAUCCUUGAGGAAAAUACUGCAGAAGAGCUUCAGAAACAAGCUACUGUGAGGUCCUCUGUGCUGGAAGUACUCUUGGAGAUCACGAAGUUUUGCGAUCUUUAUCUCAUGGAAAGAGUUCUUGAUGAUGAGAGUGAACAAAAGGUUCUUGCAGCUUUGGAGAAUGCGGGGGUUUUCACAUCUGGUGGUUUAAUCAAAGACAAGGUUCUCUUUUGCAGCAUAGAAAAUGGACGGUCAUCUUUUGUCCGGCAACUAGAGCCAGAUUGGCAUAUUGACACAAAUCCUGAAAUUGUUUCUCAGUUAGCUAGGUUCAUCAAAUAUCAGCUACACAUCUCUCCUACAAGACCUGAAAGGAGUAAUGCAAAUGUAUUCAGCUCCCCAACGUUGGAACAGUUCUUUGGAUGCGUUUGAAGCAAUAAUCGUAAAAUUUUAUAUCGUUCAUCAUUUUCAAACUAAUGACAUCUCUUAUGCAGUUGUUGAUUUUCCAAUGAGAAGUGGCUGCAAAUUCCUUUCUAUUUUGUUUGAAAUUUGUGCAUUAGAUUGGUCCCAUCUGAACACUUUUCAACUGGAAAUUUUCACUAAAUGGAUUGAUUGUAUGUAAUCUGUAUCAGUUGCAAAAUAUGUAAACAUUAACAUUAGUUUUGUUUUCCUAGUUGCAAGUAAAAUUGUACAA